CCUCCAUGGACGUUUUGCAGAAGCUCCUCUCCGCUCUCCAUCAUCAUCUGCAGGAAAAUGCGAGCGGGGAGCGGUAACAAAAUGUCAACUCGGGCUGCUCUCCCUCACCCGCAGACAUGAGCGGAGCUCCGUCUGCAUCAACCAGCCGCAACAAGUCGCUCUCACCAUGCGGAUCCACUGCAAAGUAGUUGUGAUCGCCGUGUGUUUCGGAGUUUUCCUACUUUUGUACUUUUUGGGGGGCAAAGCCGCGGACGAUCCGCUGUUGAGAGAAGUUGCAGAGCAAGAGGAGAAGAAAAAGGAGGAGGAAAGCAACUCUUCAAGGCGAUCGCACUCUGACUUUGGACGCAAUGUUGCAGAGAAGUUUGCAAAGAAAUCCCCAGUGGAAGAGCCUCUCCAGGGACGCAAAGAGAGGAAAGCGAUCAAUAGAGGCAUGAAUGCAAAGAGUAAACCGCGGAACAUCGUGGGCCGACCUCUGACUAAGCGAAGACGGGCGAAGGACGUGAUGCACCUGGCCGUGGUGGCCUGUGGGAAUCGUCUGGACGAGACCCUCACCAUGGUCAAAUCAGCCCUCCUGUUCAGCCUCAAGAGGAUCAUGUUUCACAUUUUUGCUGAGGACCCUUUGGCCCCGCAGUUUGAAAAAAGGCUGAAUCAGUGGCCUCACUCCAUCUCCUCCAAGUUCCAGUACAGAAUCUACCCAAUCACCUUCUCCGUGGGGAACGCCGACGAGUGGAAGAAGCUCUUCAAGCCCUGCGCUGCUCAGAGACUCUUCCUCCCCGUCAUCUUGAAAGACGUGGACUCGUUACUUUACGUAGACACAGAUGUGCUGUUCCUGCGGCCAAUGGACGACAUCUGGAGCUUUCUGAAGUCCUUCAACAGCACUCAGCUGGCAGCAAUGGCCCCGGAGCACGAGGUCCCAAAGAUUGGCUGGUACAGCCGCUUCGCACGGCACCCUUUCUACGGAGUCACCGGGGUCAACUCUGGUGUGAUGCUGAUGAACCUCACACGGAUCCGCAGCACUUUGUUUAAAAACAGUAUGAUCCCAAGCGGCCUCUCAUGGGAGGAUAUUCUACAUCCACUAUAUCAGAAGUACAAGAACCACAUCACAUGGGGAGACCAGGACCUGCUCAACAUCAUCUUCCACUACAACCCAGAGUGUCUCUUCAUCUUCCCCUGCCAGUGGAACUACAGGCCAGAUCACUGUAUGUACGGCAGUAAUUGCAAAGGGGCCGAAAAGGAGGGCGUGUCUAUUCUCCAUGGCAACCGUGGAGUGUAUCACGACGACAAGCAGCCGGCAUUCAAAGUAGUCUAUGAUGCAAUAUGUGAUUUUCCCUUCGAGGACAACAUGUUCCAGUCGCUGUUCUACCCCAUCCAGACCAAGUUCCUGGACACGGUCAACACCCUGUGUGGUCGCAUUCCUCAAGUCUUCCUCAAGCAGAUAGAGAAGACCAUGAAGAAGGCGUUUGACGAGAAAGUGGUCCGACACGUCCGACACAACUGAUGGAGAAACUGUUUUAUUCUGACAGCACAGAGGACCAGGUUGUUUCGUCUCUCAGCACUUAUGUGUUCCUGGAAAGUUAUUGUGAAAUCAUGGUAUGGGUAAUAAUAAGCCUAUGUAUACGGAGAAGCAUACAGUGCUGGUCAGUGGUGCGUAGAAUAGGUUUGCCUUAUUGCCGUCUUAAUACAUCUCAGUUAUGUACGAUGAAAUGCAUGUUGAAAAGUGAACAAAAAAAGACUGCACAAAAUCUUCUUUUUUUUUUUAAAUCAAGAAUUAUAAGCUCUUCAUCUUGAGUGUAGGCUAAAAGCUAAAUGUAUGACGUACUUGUUUAUCUACCUUCUUUUUUAUUUCCUCAUUGACAUACACUACACAGAGCCGACAUUGGACUUUGGAAAGCUUUACUACUUGAAGUAGUAGAUUCAUAAACCACUCCUCUCAAAUCAUGUGAAUGUUUUACCAGCAGAUAACUUGAAAUAUGAGCAUGUGUGAAUGGGAAGAAUUCAUGGUCUGUUCUGCGGCUGCCAAAUGCCACUGACAGUAUUAAAUACAGCACAAAAAAGAGGAAAUACAGACUUUUAUAUAACAAACCGAAUGUUAAAAUGCACUUUCAGAAUGAUAUUAUUAGGACUGGAUGGUUGUGUGUUUGCAACAUGUCCACAUUAGAUGCUACACUGUCUGGAGUUAAUCAAAACCAAAAGUGCUAGCAUUUAAAUAUAGUGACAGCUGAUUAUGUGCCAUAUAAAUAUUCAUGUCUGCCAUGUUUACUAUUACAAGAAAUGAGUGGUAUAGGUGAGUGAGUGUCAUAGUUUUUAAUAUGAUGUAUGGUCUGUUGUGAACACAUGGAUUUUAGCAGCAUUACUUUCAAUGUGGUGUAAUGAUCUAAAUAUAUCAUUUAAACUGGAAACUGAAAAUGGCUGUACAGUCAACAUGUGUUUCUAAAUAAAUCAAUGCAAUGUA